AUGACAUCAACUAAAAGUUGCCAAAUGCGCUUACGACAAAAAGUCCAUCGGACAGGCCAAGUGAUGACUUGGUCGAUUCUGAUGUCCGAAAAACCUAUCCUGAUAGUCGAGUGUUUUCUAGCAAUAUCCUAUGUGUGGCUAAAUAGGACAAUUAAAAAAAAGUGUGGCGAGUGCGAGUGCGAGUGCGAAUAUGAUGCGAUGAGACGCUCAUAUCUAAUACUACGACAACAACAGCAAGAACGACGAUUUCGAGGUAGAUUUCAUAGAUCAAGAGAUCAAGAGAACAGUGUAACAAAGUACAAAGUAACAAUUCAGGCAGAUGAUGCUGGCAUCUCCAUCUUGAAGCAGACUCCCGAUAUUACCCAAGUACCCACAUACAGAAGUUGUCAUCAUCGGCUCAGAAGAGAUUUACUACCUUUAUUAUUUCUCACCAAAACACCACGAGCAAAGUCGGGGUCUUUCACACCUUUGGCGACCCUUGAAGAAGGUAUACGACUUGAAAAUCUUCGCAUUAAUGAUAUAAGAAUCUUACUAUGA